AUGGAGUAUCUAAAUAGGUCCCUGAAGCAACUUAGACACAAUCCUGAUUUCAACUACCAUCCCAGAUGUGCUAACAGGGGAGUAGUGCACAUUUGCUUUGCUGAUGACCUAUUAAUGUGUUGUAGGGCUGAUCAGAUGUCUAUAUCCCUGAUGAUGCAAGCAUUCAAUCACUUGUCUAGUGUAUCUGGACUGAAAGCUAAUUUGGAGAAGAGUUUCUUCUAUGUUGCAGGAGUGACACAGGAGUUUAGUUCUCAGAUAAUGCAAGAGAUGCACUUCUCUAGGGGAGAGAUGCCAUUUAAAUAUUUGGGGAUUCCAUUGUCUUCUAGAAAACUUGGCAGAGUACAACUUAUCAAAAGUGUACUCUUUGAGAUGCAGACAUACCGGGCGCAAGUGUUCUUAUUGCCUAAGAAGAUAUUGAGUAUGGUGACAAAUGUUUGCAGAAGCUUCUUAUGGACUGGUAGUAAUGAAUAUUCAAGACGGGCCCUAGUUGCUUGGAGCACUACAUGCAUGCCUAAGGCUGCAGGAGGAUUGAAAAUUUUGGAUUUCUUUAUCUGGAACAAAGCUGCAAUUUGCAAGCUAUUAUGGGCUGUGGGUGAAAAGAAGGAAAAGUUAUAG